UACAACAGAAAAAAUAAAUUACCACAAACUUUUAAGCAUAUUUUUAUUUGUAUUGUUUGUAUUGCAUAAUUAUCACCUUGCCCAUAUGCCGCCCUGUGCGAAUGCACUGCCCGCACAUGCCUUCCGCUGGCCCUGAUUCUAGGAUAUAGUUCAAUACUCCUACUAUCUAUUUGUGCUUAAAUAUUACAUAUUGAUACCAAAUAAAAUGUGUUAGGAGUUAAUUCUCUUAAUACCCCAAUUUCUUAUUACCCCGCUCUCCCCUACAUAUUUUUAACUUUUCUUGAAAAUCUAUUAAAAUAAUUAGCUUAAGGCUAGAUGCACACUUGCGUUAAUUAACGUGCGGCGCCGCUGCGACACCGCUGCGUGGCCGCAGAAACUCAUGCACAUGUCCGUUGUUUUAACGUGCGGUACCGUUGCGAGGCUGUAUACAAACGUGGUGACCAAGGUACGUAACAAUGCCAUCAGUCGUAUUUAUUUUUUUGUUGGCGAUGGAUGUCUAUCAAAAAAAAAACGUGCGAUUUUCGCGUACAUUGUAUACAAAAAAUUUGUUUUAAAAAAAAAGAGACGUUACUGGGUACAUCCUUACAUCGAUGAUAGACUAGCUAGAGGUGGCUUUAUUACUUUGUUUUCAAGUUUACGAGAAAAUCCAGAUAAGUUUAUUAACUACUUUCGUAUGAGUGUUCAAUCGUUUGAUGAACUUGCAGACAAAAUAACUGACAUGAUUAAGUCUCAAGAUACAUGUAUGAGACUCUGCAUACCUCCAUUGGAAAUGAUAGCUGUGACUUUAAGGUAUUUAGGCAGUGGAUGUGAUCAGGUAGACUUACACUUAUCGUACAAAAUUGGACACACGACUAUCGGUAAGAUUUUAAGAAAAGUAUGCAAUGCAAUUUGGGAAUGUUUACGCGCGGAGACCUUUCCUGAUUUUACACAAGAACGCUGGAAAGAUAUUGCUCGAGGUUUUCAAAAAUAUACCCAUUUUCCGAAUUGCUUAGGCGCAAUAGAUGGAAAGCACGUACGAAUUAGAAAACCAAAAAACAGUGGGUCACUAUUCUACAAUUACAAAAAUUUCUUUUCAAUUGUGUUGCUAGCAAUUGUAGACGCGAAUUACAAAUUCAUUUAUAUUGAUGUAGGAGCUUUUGGAAAAGAAUCUGACAGUACAAUAUUUGAAAAUAGUCCUUUUAAUAUGAAGCUCCAAAAUAAUCAACUGAAUAUCCCAGCAAGUCAACCUCUCCCUGGAACUGAAAAUCCAAAAAUGCCCUUCACGUUUAUCGGAGAUGAGGCAUUUUCUCUUUCACCCAAAAUAAUGCGACCUUAUAGCGGUAAAGUUUUGUCCGAUAAAAAAAGGAUUUUCAACUACAGACUGUCACAUGCUCGAAGAUAUGUUGAAAGUGCAUUUGGCAUAUUAUCAAAUAAAUGGAAAAUAUUCCAUAAACCAAUCAACGCAAAUUUAGAUUUAUGCAUACUUUUAGUAAAAACUUGUUGUGUUCUGCACAAUUUCGUAAGGUCCAGAGAUGGAUUUAACAUUCAAGAAACAAUGAGUGUAGAAGGAUUCAUUGAAAUCGAACGAGACACAUCAGAACCUACUCCGAGAGCUACUAACCAGUCAAUCAAUGCAAGAAACAAUUUGGCAGAUUAUUUUGUUUCAGAUAUCGGCAGUGUGCCUUGGCAAACAAAUUAUAUGUAAACUAGAUACUUACGUAUUGUCUUUAUAUUUUCUAUUGUACAAUUAAAUAAUGUAUUCAAAUAAUGUU